CGUAGAUUUCUUGAUUCAUAAUAAAAUGAACAUAUGCCAAUAAUAAUGCUGCAUUAUCAGGUAAAGUUGACUCGUCCAGUUGUAUAGAGGAAUGUGUCUAUUGUUGCUUAAGGGAAUUCUUUUAAUGAUAUCAGAUGCAGGUUUGUGUAAAACAGUUCUUAAAACCUCUUCAACGGCUGGCAAAAUUAACUUCUUUCCGAUAGUAUGCGGUUUUCCGGAUUUUGCUAUAAGUAACGAGAUAUUGUAAGACGCCCGCAAACCAUCAUCAUUUCUUUGUGACGUCGAUGCGAACAUUCUGUCCAGUUAAG